UGAUAUAUUUUCACCACAACAAAACUACUGCUGUUUUUCCACCCAUGGUUGAAUAUAACAGGAAUAAAACCUCUGAGUAAACCACAACUAUAUGCUUUCAGCAGUGAAAACCUAGUUCUGAGUUUAACACUUUGCAUUUGCUCCAGAUUUUAGGUACUGACCCAGGAACCUUGGCCUUGUAUACUUUCAUUUAGUGCUUCAUUGCAGAAGAAUUUAAAUAACUUCUCAAGAAAAUACUGUAUCUUGUAUCUGAAUAACUACUCACAUGGUAUGUCGAACAUGGAUCACUAUGCUACAGAGUUCAGAUGGCUCCCUUUCUGAGGUUGUGCAGAAAUGGAAGGAGUAUCAGCUCCAGUGCCAGAAAUACUUGUAUGAGACACCCCCCAUUGUGGCAGAAGGCAAGUUCUGCAACAGAACAUUUGAUGAUUAUGCCUGCUGGCCAGAUGGACUGCCUGGCACCUACGUGAAUGUCAGCUGCCCCUGGUAUCUUCCCUGGGCUAAUGCAGUGCUGCAUGGGCAGGUGUACCGCUUCUGCACCUUGGAGGGGACCUGGCUGCUGAAGGAGAAUUCGACCCUGCCCUGGAGGAACCUGUCUGAGUGUGAGCCCUCUGACCAGGAUGCACCAGAAGAACAGCUCCUGAAUUUGUCCAUCAUAUACACCAUUGGAUAUGCUCUUUCCUUCUCUGCCCUUGUAAUAGCAACUGCCAUUCUUCUUGGAUUCAGACAUCUACAUUGCACAAGGAAUUACAUUCACCUGAACCUCUUCACCUCUUUUAUCCUCCGGGCUAUAUCUGUUUUCAUUAAAGACUCGGUGGUGAAGUGGAUGUACAGCACAGCCACACAGGAGUACCAGUGGGAAGGACUGAUAGCCUUCCAGGAAUCACUCAGCUGCCGUUUGGUCUUUGUGAUGAUGCAGUAUUGUGUGGCUGCAAACUACUACUGGCUGCUGGUGGAAGGCAUGUACCUGUACACGCUGCUGGUACUUUCCGUCUUCUCCGAGCAGAGGAUUUUCCGCCUUUAUCUCUGCAUUGGCUGGGGUGUGCCAAUGCUGUUUGUUAUCCUCUGGGGAACUGUCAAGUACCUUUAUGAAGAUGAGGGUUGCUGGACCAGAAACUACAACAUGAAUUACUGGCUAAUCAUCAGACUGCCCAUUCUCAUCGCCAUCGGGGUGAAUUUCCUCAUCUUCAUCAGAGUUAUAUGCAUCAUCAUCUCCAAACUACAGGCCAAUUUGAUGUGCAAAACUGAUAUAAAAUGCAGGUUGGCCAAGUCUACGCUGACUCUGAUCCCACUGCUGGGGACGCAUGAGGUCAUCUUUGCCUUUAUUACUGACGAGCAUGCCAGAGGGAUGCUGCGCUUUGUGAAGCUUUUUACUGAGCUCUCCUUUGCUUCAUUCCAGGGGCUGAUGGUUGCAAUUCUUUACUGUUUCAUCAAUAAUGAGGUUCAGAUGGAGUUUCGGAAAAGCUGGGAGCGCUGGAGAUUGGAACACUUGUAUGUCCAGAGAGACAGCAGUAUGAAACCUCUGAAAUGUCCAGCCAACAGUAUCAGCAGUGGGGGCACAGUAGGCAGCAGUGUCUAUGCUGCCACUUGUCAGGCCACAUUCAGCUGAGAUUUCUGCAGGUGAAUCAGACUGAGAACAAUGAAGUGUGUAAUAUACCUGAAAACCCUUAAAUACCCAAGCAAGUGGCUUAAGUUUGCCAUCUCCAGCAAGAAACUUAAGCAUAUGCUGCUCAUCGCCUGCAGGCUGUUGGACAAAGGUUUCUAGGGAAAGCAAUCUGCUAAUGUAAUCAACACAUCAGAGGAAAAAUUGGUCACGUCUAAAGUAAGUUAAAGGAGUUUUUUUCCUAUUUGCACACAAGGCCUCCGGGGGUCCAAAACUUAAGCAUAGCAUUGAUCCAGUCUGAAACCACAGGGUCAAUGGCUUAUUAGUGUUGAGUGGGUGAGCUGAGUGUUCGACUGAUUAAAUUACAGGGAUAUAGAAUAUGAUUAUUGCCAAAAAAUGCAUUUAGACUUUUCUGGAGAUAGGGUAAGGUGCCGUCUCCAUUUUUAGAAAAAAUAAUUUAGUGGGACACAACUUGUGUUUCAGGGAAGGAUCAGUUUUGUAGCAGGGGUUUCCCAAAGUUAAAGUUGAAAAUAUGCUUAUCUGUUUUCUGGGUAGGUGAAGAACAGCAUCCUGAAGGUCUAUCAAUAUACAGCAGGUAGUGUAGUGAACACUUCUGAAUGCUAUCUUUAAGCUUCCCUUUAAAAAAUAUAAAAAUCCAAACAAAAAUGCAGUAUCUUUUAGGAACCUCCUCUGCUAGGAAUAGGCGCUUGUUAUCUCUGUUGACAUGGAUGGAAAUGUCCCCUGCAUGCACAGCCCUCCUUUGUUAAUGCUAGUCUGCCCACCUGGUGGGCACACAGGUGUUCACAGGGACGGGGUGAUGGGCUUGUUUCAAGAGAAUGUUUCCUGUCUGAGCUUUACUGUGCUUCUUGUGGGUGCAAACACACAGCUUGUGUCAGCUUGUGGCCACUGCUGGUCUCAGCAGACUUCUCAUUGCAAAGAUUCGGUAGUUGGCAGUGUGUACUCGCUCACUUUUGUUUUCCCUCCGGCCUUGGCCCUUCUGUCGUGUGACACAAGGUACCCAGGUGUGCGGAGGGCGAGGUGGCCCUUGUGCAGGGCGUGGGUUCAGGACCAAGGACAGCUCCCGCCCCCUUUACCGGGGUGGGCUGCCAUCCUCCAGAGCCUGCCAGAUUCCCAUCAGCGGCAUUCCAAAAAAGCCCCAAACAAAACCAACAACUUCAAACAAAA